AUGGCCCCCAAGCCGCGCGACGGCGACCGAAGCGAUUCCGAAAGCGAUGCCAAUACGCCGAUACCCCCGUUUUCGAACCCGCCUGCCAACCACCCCCUGUUUACAACCAAGUACGAUACCCUUGAUGAUCUGAUGGAGGUUCUCCACGAUCACGCAGCGAAGGCACACUUUUCCGUUGUCAAGGGCCGAAGUUCGAACAAGGUGGAGGACAUCGGUUAUACCAGAUUCGAUAUCCUGUGCCAAAAAGGCAAGAUUCGGCCAUCAGAAGCUCAUUCUCGGCCAUCUUCAACAAACAAAAGGGGUUGCAAGUGGCAAGCCGUUGCCACUGCGCUCAAACGCAACGGGAGAAAAUGGUCCUGCGAGCUUGUUGAUGGCGCCACCGAGCACAACGACCACCCUACCCCUACCGAAAGUGAUGACUUCGUCGCCACACGAUCUUUUGAACCGGAACACAAGGCUCUCAUCGCAAGUUAUCUUGACCGGCCGGCCAUCAAGAACCGAGAAAUUGCCAUCGAGCUUCGGCGCCAGUUCCCAGGUAUCCUGUUCACAUCGAAGCAACUCCGCAACGCGCGCCAUCGCCUCCGCAAGCAGUCUCGAGGCGGUCACACCCCAUUCCAGCUUAUGAUGAAGCUGCUUGACGAGAAGGGGAUUUAUUACCAAGUUCUAUGGGCCAAGGACUCUUCUAACAACGAAGGAGUCGAGAUGCGGAAGCCUGAGGGCCUGUUUUGGACUACUACCUGGUGUGAGCAGCAGUGGGUUCGGUACCCCUGGGUACAAAUACUGAUCAACAACGAGAGGCAAGAAGGCUUCGACUGGCUCAUGGAUGCCGUUAACUCUCCAUGCGCAAUGCCGUUGCUAAGAUCGCCAAAAAAGUGGAACAAAGCCGCUGUUGCCGAAGUUGCCAUCGCCCUGGCCGCUCAAGAAGAGCUUCGAAUCGCAACACAAGCUCAGGGGCAGCCUAUAGCUACACCACCAAGCGCCCAGAGGGCUGAGGAAGAAGAUCCGGUUUUUGAAGGUCAAAAGAGAAUCGCCAACCGCGUGAACCCAGAUCCAGAGCAACAAGGCGAGCCUUUGCCACCUGUUCAGGGGGUUGUUGAGUACUCGAUGGCUGGCCUCUAUAAGUUGUGGGUGCAUAUGGUAUACGCAGCUACUGUGGAGGACUUCAAUCUGGCAUGGGAGAAGCUCCAAGCCUACUUUCCACAGCAAACAGCUAUACUGAAGUAUCUCGAAGAAAGCUGGCUGCCGCGCACUACAAGCCCUGUUGGAUCGAUCAACUUCUACCUGAAGUCUUUCGUUGUGAACGGCAACACUACUGUUGAGGAGCUUGGAACCCAGUCAUUCGCCAUGGUCGAGGCAAUGGAACGGCGCAUUGCAGAUGCUACUAGGGAACAAAAGAACCGGAUUCUUCGUGAAUAUCUCGGUGUGCCUUGGCUUGGAAAGGCGCCGUUUACCGUAUCUCGUAAGGCUUUGAAGCUGGUUAUGAAGCAAUACAGGCUGAUGCUCGGCGCCGUCAAAUCCAAUAGCAAUCCACGGCCUUCAGAUCUACCGCCCUUUCCAUCCAGCCAGCCGCCUGACAACGGUCAAUCAGCUGCCAGCGGGCGUGGCCGUGGCCGUGGCCGUGGCAGUGGCAGUAGUGGCGCCGCUCGUGCUCGUGGCGGGAACCUUAGAGGCUCGAUCCGAAGAGUGCCCUCGUCGCAGUGGAAUGGCUGGAAUACCGUCAAGUGCGCCCGCCAGAGGUCGAGGGUCAAGGGGGGUAUCAGGAAGCGACCCGCCGCACGCAGGGCCAGUCGUCAGGUAACCCAGCAAGUGGCUGAACAGGCGGCAACCCAGAUUGAGCUAGAAAUGGAAGAAUUGGCUUUGGAAUUGCUUGCGCACGCGCUGGUUGCUCCCUUGCGCGAGUGGAGGGCGGGGGCGGUGUGGAAAAUACAGUACGGGGAGACGCUUCCUACAGUACGAAGAGACAUUCUCUUUGCUAAACAUCACAGCUUCCGAUUCAUCGCGCUGAACACUCUGAUAAGGCAACAGGCGAGGGGUCAGAGGCGAUUCUACGUCAGCAAGAACCACCGCACACCUCUUACGAAGGAAGCCCUUCAAGAGGCGCUUGCCGACCCAGACAGACCGGAAGCUCAGGCUAUCCUCAACCGGAUCUUUCGCUUUGCUGGUGUCAUCAAAGGCACACGUCCCUUUUGGUACCGUCGACGUCGUGAGUGCGAGUCUUUUGCACACUGCCUUGGUGUGCCCUCUACUUUCAUCACCCUGAGCCCGGCCGAUCUGCACUGGCAGAGCCUCUAUCAGCACAUGCCCGAAUACGAGAACUGGAAGGCCCUUGAUGAGCUAAUUACCGGGAUCUACAACGUCCCUGAAACAACCCCCCGCGACAGGAUGAACGGAAUCACCCCGAAAGCCGACAGCUACCACGGCCGUUCGAAUUUGACGAAGAUCGAAGAGGAGGUGAUUGUUCAAUAUGUACUUGACCGAGAUUCGCGUGGGCUUUCGCCUAGGCCUGCAGACGUGAUUGAUAUGGCCAAUCUUCUACUUCAAGAACGCGAUGCGCGACACGUCGGAAAGAACUGGACAAGCCGCUUGAUUGCACGCCGCCCAGAGUUAGAUACGCGUUUUAAUCACCUCUAUGACUAUCAAAGAGGUCUCUGUGAAAAUCUUGCAAUUAUUGAGCCAUGGUUCCGACGGGUUGCCAACAUGCGUGCGAAAUACGGCAUCCUCGACUGCGACUUCUACAACUUCGACGAGACGGGCUUCAUGAUGGACAUGAUACGGCCAGGCAUGGUGGUUACGCGCUCGGAUCGGGUUGGUAAACUAAAGGCCAUUCAGCCGGGCCAUCGAGAAUGGGCGACGGCAAUUUGCAGCAUCGCUGGCGACGGUAGUGUCUUCUUCCUCGCCUUCGUCGUCUUCCUCAAGAGCUGCAGCAUCCUCACGAGCCAGCCGAGCAUCAGCCUCUCCGUCAGCAAGCAACGCAUCAUGUGUAUCCUCGAUCUCGGGAUCAACAGAAUCGAGGGCAUCAAUGAUGCGCUGAUACGCUCGCGGCGUCAGCUUCCUGAGUUUGCCGCCGAGCUUGUAGCUGCGGCUGUUGCUUGCGAGGGCGGCCGCGUGGCUUGCCCGCCGAUGCUCAACGGGGCCAUCACCGCUGCAGAUGACGCCAUGACAGCGAGUAGGGACCUUGUUCGUGUUCCAGGAAGUGUUGUGGUCAAGGGCGCUGCGUUGGUUCUUCUAGAACAGCACGAGGCGCUCGAAGACGCUCUUGAGGUCAACCCUGGAUGUGACCAGCCACACAUUCACGGCAUAUUUGACCGUUUCCUCUGGAUGUUUCCCGGCCAAUCUGAAUCUGGCAAGCGAUUGCUCGUACGCUUUGGGAGUACUGGCAGACAGCAAAAGGAGGUCGGGAUUCUGCUUGAAGAGCUCCAGGCCGCUCUUGGGAGAGAUGGUAAGAGAGGUAAUGCGAUUUUGGUUGUCCCGGGUGUCGAUGUACUCGUACUGGCUCUCAGCAGGCACAAGGAAGUCCUCGUACAAGGUUUGGAGUGGCGAACGGCCCCGGAGUUCCUGGCGGCGAUGUUGUUGAAGAAGGUUCGUUAUGUCCUUGCCCAUGACUCCAACCCGAGCAGCAUCUAUCGCAGCAAGGAUGUGAGAAGGUCUACUGCCAGCGUUGGCCAUCUGGAUGACCUCUUCCUGAUGGACAGCCAAAACUCGGGUGCGUCCUGGGGGUCGAAUACCAAGGAGGUGGUCGAACUGGCCUGGCAGGCCCGGUGGGAACAACAGAGAGCUAGUCAACAAAGUACUACUCGACAGAGGGUAUUAAACAGGAGGAUAGCCGACGAAGACCCCCCAGCCCUCUUAUUUACCGACAAAGCUCUGACGAGACACGAAGGUCUUACAAAGGCGCAGAGCUCCCUCCUUUCCCAGGCCCGUAUCGGGGAUAUAGGCCUCCGGGACUACCUGUUCAGGGUGAAAGUCCCGGAGGUCCGUACCCCCUAUUGCGAGUGCGGGAGGGGCAGGGAGACAGUGGAGCACUUGGUGGUUUGGUGCGCCGACCCGCCGUUACAAAGGCCGUGGGACGGCAGAGAGAUUCGGUCACAUCGGGACCUACAAACCGUAUUACGGGGAGUAGGUGCCCGGAGCAGAAGAUUUGUUAGGAAGGUCCUUGGCUGGCUGAUGGACUCUGGCCGGCUACUGGAGUAUAGGCUGGCCAGAAGGCUGGAGCUAGAAACAGUGGAUGGGGAGGGCUAG